AUGUACAACCUCCUGUGCCCCCCCACGCUCCUAGCCGUGCCACCACCUGCCCCAUCUUCUUCCCCACCAACGCGUCCGACACCGAUGCAAGACCACGCUUCGAGCUUUUCGGGAGCUCCUGUGGAACGCGAUGUUCGUGCCGAAACCGCUGCCAGGACCACGCCAGCAUCAUCGUCAUCAGCCACGAGGUCGGCGACAGUACCGGUCGAGCCUGCGGUGGCACCGUCAGCGUCGACAGCCCCAGCCCUGUUGCAACAGCCUUUGGUGGUAUCGCCCCCCCCCCUCCAGCGUGCGUCUGUUCUGAUUGAUCCUGACUCUGCAACCGGCCACAUCGUCGAGCCACCGAGUCAAGCGGCAUCACCGGUGCCACAGGACGAUGCUGGGUUGCCUUUGUCUUCCACGGGAGCGAGAGCGAGACAGGAGGCUCUGAAAGCUGCGGACGCCGCUGCAGCGGAGGCCGACACCAUCCGCAUUCAAGACAAGAUGGACAAGCUGAAGCCGGAACAACUUGAUAGUGUCACACGCUUGCCCCUCGGUCCUGAUCCUGAUGAAUUUGCUCGCUUCGCGUCUAGCUGCAAGGGUGUGGUCACAGAGAUCCUCAACAAAAGCGACGUCAAGCGCAAGCAGACUUUCAAUUCCUCCACCUGGGUCACCGGAUGGCUUCCGUUGUUGCGCAAACGUGUCCGUGCUGCUGUCGUUGAAGGCCAAACCACCAACCGUGCCACUCUGGAAUUUCUUGAUGCCACCUUCCUACAGGUAGAAAACCAUCUGCGCAAGGAACCGGCAGGGCCCUCGACGUACGCCUUCUUCAUCCAGAAAUUGGCGGCCGCCUGGGACACUCAAGACAAGAGCUCGGGGAUUGAUCGUCUUCGCAGUUUUGGCGUAUCCAACGGCGAGACUUACGGAGAAUACAUCCGUCGCUAUAAGGCUCUGGCCAUGACCGUCAUGGUUUCCCACCACGCGUUCAAGUCUUCGGAUGCGCAAGUGCAGAUAGCUGUUCGAGACUCCAUGUUGAAGCAGCUUACGGUAGUGUCCUGGCAGGUGUACAAGGAUGAGCAGCUCUCAAUGGAAGCCCCUUUUGGGCGACAUGCUUCAUGUCUGGAUGAUAUGUGGGAUUUGUUGGACAAGCUUGCGUUCGCGCACACGCCGGCGGUACAUGGAGAUGAUUUCUUUUGGGUAUCUUCCACGAAUGCUUGGAGUUCGUCUGCUGUUUCGCGUGCUGUAACUUCUUCGGCGUUGCGUUCGACGGUGACCCCUUCGUGGAGCCAAGGUUCUUCGGCCGCCGUGAUGAGUGUUGACCCUCUACCUAAUGAUGAUCGGGACUCUUUUCUGUUGCACUACAGCGACUGGCCGUUGCAAGGACACUUCCAAAAGGUGUACAACGUCGCUAGUGAGAUGGCUCUAACCAAGAAUGAUCCGCCAUUGUUCACCCCCUUGGUCUCGGCUGAAGAGCGCCGCAACGCGCUUCGACUGUACAAGGGCAAGUGCCUCAACUGCUUGGGAGAAGACCACUCCUUCAAAUCCUGUAAUCGUGGUUUCGUGAACGCCACCGGCCUGCUUAACAAUGACAUCAAGUUCUGUAUGGAAAAAGAUCCCACCCUUUGGGAUCGGUGGAAAAAGCGCAUGACCUCCCGAAUGGCCUCUGCUAACAUUGACCCCGCCGGAGCCGCCGCCCUAAGGCCGCCCGCCGGAUCACGGCGCGCUGCUACUUCGCCCGCUCCUGCCUCGCUUUCUGGGUCCUCCCCGUCGGAGAAGAGGACCCGUCCGCCUGGUCCACCCCCGCCUGUGCCUGGUGCCCGCCUUUUGCCCCUUCGCCCUACACCGGCUCCGCCGUUUGAUGACAAGUGCGAGUACGCUUCGGAUGACGUCCUUCUUUUCUGGAAACCUCCGUCUGUGUUCUCGCAAUGGACUCCUUCGGCUUUUGACGUACUGGGGGUACGUUAUUCAUGUGGUGAGCAAUUCAUGAUGUCUGAAAAAGCGAAGUUGUUUGGAGAUAUGACGUCGUAUGACAAAAUUAUGGCUGCAACAGAUCCUAAGACACACAAGUUUUUGGGUCGAAAUGUGCGUCCUUUCGACUAUGCUGAAUGGGAGCGUCGUCGUGAAGAGAUCGUGCUUACGGGGUCGUACGCCAAAUUUGCUCAAAACCAUGACAUGAAACAUCAUCUACUGGAGACGGGUACCCGCCUCCUUGCAGAAGCCAGCCCCUUCGAUCGUGUUUGGGGUAUCGGCAUGUCUGCAUGCUUUCCAGAUGCUAGCGAUUCAUCCAAGUGGGCGGCUAGCGGUAAAAACUUGUUGGGAAAAGCUUUGAUGGAAGUUCGACGCCUUUUGCGUGAUCAUCCCCUCUCUGGCGAAGAUUUCCCCGCUUCCAAUUCUCCCACGCCCCCCAUUUCGCAGCCUCCUCUCCAUGGACAUCGACGCAUUCAUGAGGUUGCUACUGCUACAGGUUCUUCGCUACGGAAGGACCCGGGCGAAGACCCAGCUUGUCUACGUUUGGACGCUCCGGGGGACCAUGCUCCUGGCGUUCAUCUGGUGGCAUCGACCUCCGCUUGUGCAGACCAGCCUCCUCUUCUCGAACAUGGUCCCGAUCUGGUCGGCGGCACGCUCCUGUUGGACUCGGACUCAUACACCACCCGGGUCCUGCUGCAUGGAGGACCUACAGCCACUUCUCAACUCGCGCGAGUGGCGCUUCUGGACUCUGGGUCUCCUACAUCCUUCGUUUCCGACUCCGUGGUCACCGCCAUGAUAGCUGCCGGAGCCCUGACAGCUGGCAGCGUUGUGCCGAGCUCGAGCCGGGAGACGGACGAAGCCCGUUGCAUCAAUCUGUUGAUGCAAAAGAAAGUGGAUGCCGUUUUGGACCAGUAUUUGGCGGCAGGGCUCAUUCAACAUUCCACAUCUCCGUGGGCUUCUCCUUUAGUUGUCAUCCCCAAGAAGGACGGAUCGAUUCGCAUCACCGUCAACUACAAACGUCUCAACGCUCUGGUGGAUUUCGAUGGACAACCUCUCCCUCGAGUGGACGGUAUCUUGGAUUCUCUGUACACCGGGAAAGUGUUCUCCAUCUUCGACCUCAACUCGGCUUUCCACCAGAUCGUUUGUGAUGAAGACACUGUCCCGCUCACCGCCUUUUGCACUCCCACGCAGUUGUUCGAAUGGCUUCGGAUGCCGCAGGGCGCCAACGCAAGUCCGUCUUGGUUCGUCAAGGUCAUCAACAGAGUGGUACACGGUCUGGAGCGUGUGCUGGCUUAUCUGGACGAUGUCAUCUGUUUCGAUGAGGAACCUCUGGGACACGUGCUAAACUUGAUCGAGUUAUUCAAACGACUGCGACAGUAUAACCUCAAACUGUCUCCAGGGAAGGGUCGCGUCGGCGCCACGCACACCAACUUUCUCGGUCACACCAUCUC